GGGAGGGAGAGAGGAGACCAAGACUAGAGCAAUGGUAGAUGGAUGGAUGGGCGUCCAUCUUGAAUUUUGCUGAUUUUGUGCCGGUUAUGUGAUAAAAGUGUAAUUUGUAUAUUAGACCUCCAGUUAAUUGUUAAUUUUCAAGAAGUUUAUGUAUGCUUAAACUAUUUAUUGUUUAAAAUAAGAUAAUCUACAGGAAUGUGUUAGGUUAUACAUCAAUACAAGUGACUCGUAAUCGCUCGCAAUCGCUAGUAAUGACUCCCAGUGACAAGUUGAACAAUUAAAAUUACUUUAGUCAAGUGUAAUAGUGAAUGUCUCAAAGUGACGUCGAAAAUAUUUUUAUUCACAGUAUCAUUACUCAAGACAUAUGCGAUUUCCGGUAAGAGUGUCGUCGACAAGACCUUAGGUUUGCAAAGACCGCAUUAUAAUACCAUGGCAGUACCUAGUAGAGCCCGGGUAUAUGCAGAUGUUAACUCACAAAAGCCAAGAGAAUAUUGGGAUUAUGAAAGCUAUGUGGUGGAUUGGGGAAACCAAGAAGACUAUCAGUUAGUUCGAAAGCUUGGGCGCGGAAAAUAUAGUGAAGUAUUUGAGGCAAUAAAUAUCACAAAUAAUGAGAAAUGUGUAGUUAAAAUAUUGAAGCCUGUUAAAAAGAAGAAGAUUAAAAGAGAAAUUAAAAUAUUAGAGAACUUAAGAGGAGGCACAAACAUUAUUACUUUACAAGCUGUUGUAAAAGAUCCAGUAUCUCGCACUCCGGCUUUAAUUUUUGAACAUGUGAACAAUACUGAUUUUAAGCAACUAUAUCAAACAUUGUCAGACUAUGAUAUAAGGUAUUACUUGUAUGAACUUUUGAAGGCUUUAGAUUACUGCCACAGUAUGGGUAUCAUGCACAGAGAUGUGAAACCACAUAAUGUAAUGAUUGACCAUGAUAAUAGAAAGCUACGUCUCAUUGACUGGGGUCUAGCGGAGUUCUACCAUCCGGGUCAGGAGUAUAAUGUUCGCGUAGCUUCUAGGUACUUUAAGGGUCCGGAACUUUUAGUUGAUUAUCAAAUGUAUGAUUAUUCACUUGACAUGUGGUCACUAGGAUGUAUGUUAGCGUCCAUGAUCUUCCGUAAAGAACCAUUCUUCCAUGGUCAUGAUAAUUAUGACCAGCUUGUACGUAUUGCGAAAGUGCUGGGCACUGAAGAGCUCUUUGAAUAUUUGGAUAAAUAUCAUAUAGAAUUAGAUCCUCGAUUUAAUGACAUUCUUGGAAGACAUUCUCGUAAACGAUGGGAGAGAUUUGUCCAUUCAGAAAAUCAACAUUUGGUCUCUCCUGAAGCCUUAGACUUUCUCGAUCGCCUCCUUCGCUACGACCAUUAUGAGCGCUACACAGCUCGCGAAGCAAUGGAUCAUCCUUACUUUUACCCAAUUGUGAAGGAGCAAGGCCGAAUGGUUUCUUCUAAUUCACCUAGUCCUAAUGCCUUGCAAGGACCAAUAAAUGCGGCAGAGUAAUUGUUAUUAAAUUCCAUAAUGCUCUUUAUUAAACUAUAUAUUGAAGUAUUUACCUGUACAUGAAUUCCUGAGAAUAAGAGGAGCCAAGAGUAACACCAAAUACAGUCCACUGAAAGCAUAAUGAAUACACAAAGGAUAUGGCAAAGUGUGUUUCCAUUCAGUUUACAGCUCUGAUGUAUUUCCAAUGUAACUAAAUGGAAGUAAAUUUGGAAAGACAAUAUAAUUUAGUGUUUAAUGUUAGUAAAAUCUGGUUUAUUCAUUGUUUUUAAAGUGUUUUUUCUCUGGUACAAACCAACAAGUCCAAGGAAAUGUACACUACUGUUACUUUCAAGUAUCUAAUGGGUUUGAAAUUUUAAAGAAUUUAGAUUCAACAACCAUCUUUUAUGUAAAGUUCAAUAUGAAUUAUUGAAAUAACAAAAAAUAUCUGGAGUUUCAUUGCACUUGAUCUUUUGCAUUUAUUAACCUAUGGUAUUGAUAUUGUAAUUACUUGUAUGAUAUAUUGAUAACACCUGCAUACCAUUUGCAAAUACUGGUUAGCAACUUUUUGUUGGUACUUCAAUUAAAAUUUUGUAUUUAUGUUAUAAUAAUAAAAUGUAGAUAUGUGUGAUAAAUACAAAAUUUUAAGAUGUAA